GGGGUUGAAGCCGCUUCAUUAGCGUCAGCAAUCUCCCCUAUAAUCUCUCGUUGCACCAGGUCUGUCACCCCCCAGUUCCACCCCAAACACCGCCCAAAAGCAGAGCAAAGCAGAGGUAGUGACUCCUCGGCCUGCUCUGGACCCAAACAAACCACUGACAACCGUUUAAAAGCCAUCUCCCCGAGGUAUAAAUCCCAAGUCAUCAAUUUGUGAAUGAACAAUUGAAGAAAUCAGUGAAGAGCUGCAGUACUUGCGAGAAGAGUCGAGAAAUUCAUUGGGAGAUUCUUCUCAAAAGAAUACUUUGCAAGAUGAGCAAGAAGAAGAACAUGGCGAUUGACUUCCAGGACAAUAUGAUCCUGCUGACGAGAAAGUACUUGAAGAGGAAGAUCCUGUGCCCCGAGACUAAGUUCCGGCAUCACGGCAAGGAGCGACAGAACAUCUUGGAGUUGUUGAAGAGGACUGUUGAAGCUGGAGAAAGUAAUUCGGCUCUGCUAAUUGGUCCUCGAGGGAGUGGCAAGACAACCCUGAUAAAUUCAGUCCUGAAGGAGCUCUCAGUGUCUAAAUCCUUCAAGGAGAAUGCUCUCAUCGUGAAUCUCCACGGUCUGGUUCACACGGACGAUAGGCUUGCUCUGAAGGACGCCACGAGGCAGAUGCAACUGGAGAAUGUCGUGGAGGAUAAGGUCUUUGGGACGUUUGCCGAGAACCUGACUUUUCUCCUGGAUUGCUUGAAAUCAGGUGACAAGAAACGCUCGAAACCCUGUAUCUUCAUUCUCGACGAAUUCGAUCUUUUCUGCGCCCACCAGAACCAGACCCUCCUCUACAACCUCUUCGACGUAGCCCAAUCAGCACAAGCGCCCAUCUGUGUCCUUGGUAUCACCUGCAGGCUAGACGUGAUCGAGCUGUUGGAGAAAAGGGUCAAAUCGAGAUUCUCCCACAGGCAGAUAUUCCUCUUCCCCGGGGAGAAUUCUGGGGGUGACCAGCCAACAACAGCAUUCGACGAUCGUCUGGAACUCUUCAAGGACCUUCUCAGCAUCCCAGAUGAUGAGAAUGUAAACAGGAUCGAGGAGACGUAUGAGGACUGCACCAUUGAUCCCCAGUUUGGGGGUAUGUGGAAUGAUUACGUCGAGAAUCUUGUGAAUAACGUCACCAUGGUGAAUCUGCUGAAGAGAAUGUACCAGAUUGACGUGAGCGAGAGGAGCUUCAGGAACUUCCUGGCUGUAGCUGUGGGGACACUCGAUGAAAAGCAUCAGAGGCUCGAGGUCAACGACUUUGUCGAGGCCAGCAAAAUGUUUACCAGGGACGACAAGGUGGCUAUGUUGGAGGGACUCUCUGUCCUGGAGAUGAGUUUGAUUAUCGCAAUGAAGCAUGAGACUGAAAUUUACGACGGCGAGCCGUUGAACUUCGAGACUGUCCUGAAUCGAUACAUCAAAUUCGCGAAUCAGACGUCCUCAAUUCAAACCGUCCAGAGGCCAGUAAUAAUGAAGGCAUUUGAACACAUUAAGAACUUAGAGCUCCUCACUCCCGUGAAUGCAACAGCAAGGACAGAAAAGGAGUAUCAGUACUUCAAAUUCCUCCUGAGCCCUCAACAAGUUCUGGAGGCAGUGAAGAACUAUGUGGGAUUGCCCACAGAAAUCGCCCAGUGGGCGACAAACAGCCUCCAAUAAAUUAUCCCUCCACCUCUGGCCCCAGGGAUAGAAACAUGUGGAAUCAGGAUCAUGUGCCAUUUUCUAAGAAAAAAACUUAAUUCUAGCAGAGUUUCCUCAGCUUUCUGACUCCUUACUUUUCCCAGUCUUCCCUGUGUGGCUCGCUCUCUCUCGGAAAAGUCCUCCCAUUCCUCGUAUGCCGUUUAUCCUCGUUCUCUAGCCACUACCUAUUGACACCCUCAAAUGCUACCUGGAGUGAAGGAGUGGGAGAAAUUCCUUAGAAGGUAUUUCGCAUGAAAUUUCCUCAAGGACACGUCCUGAGUUGGGAAAGUAAGGAACUCUGCUGUACAGUCAAUUGGGGUUUUGCAUGAUUUUUUUUUUUAAAUAAAAGAAAACGUGUCUAAUAUUGUUCACAAAUUUUGUCUUUCAUCAAUUUUAUCGGCAAAAAAAUCAUGCAACAGCACAAUUGGAGUAAUACCUCAGCCAAUAAUUAAAUUAGUUAACAAUACAAUAACAUUUGGAGAAACUACAUAAAGAGUGCCACGAGUGGUGAGUUGAAUAAUUAAAACUAUUAGUGAUACUUACGAUAAUUAAGUAAUAAUAUUAAUAGGGUAAAUCUGUGUUCAUCUUGCUCACAAAUUCAACAUUUUCAGAUGGAUCAUUCUUUGUUUGAGGUCCUUCACACCUUAGUCCAAUUCUAUUGAUUAUUGCUCUCUAAUUAUUGAGUUAAUUAGUACAAUUUUGUAGAUAAGUCGCGUAAUUAACAUAUCUUCAUCACCUGUAUUUAUUCAUUCGUCGAUUGUUUAAUUUAUUGAUUAUUUAUUAAAGACAUCAAUCCCAGUAAAGUCAAGAUAAUUAAUAAUUCCAGUGAUUAAGGUAGAAGUAUCGGUGGCAAUCGAGGGAGACGAGGAGAUUCCAUUGUCCAUUGAUUGUUUGAUCAAUUGAGUUGAAUGUAAAUAAUUAAAUACCUCGAGUUCUCCCUUUUAAACUCGAUUAGAUUUUAAGAAUCUUUUUUAGCACUGAGAAGGAAAAGGAUAUGAAGAUUGAGGUUAUUGAUUGAGAUAAUUAUAAUUUUCGCUUUAUUAUCCAUAAAUAUCUAGAGAAACUGUGAAACGUCCGGUGAAAUUCGUCCGAAAAUUAAUGAAAAUGAUAAAAUUGAAUAAACAGUACAAUAAUUAUGUCCUCAGCAGUCAAUUUGGCAACGAAAAUGAAGUGAAUAAAUAAUUGUAUUACCCCUUGUAUACAAGAUUGAAUUAUUGAAUCGUGUAAUUCUGUAUGCGAAAGACAAAUUCAUUGGGUCUGUUUGUACAUUUCUAAUAAAUUUCAAAGUGAAGAGUCAA